UAAAUUUACGUACAAGCAACUCUCCCUAAUUUUCCCAUUAUAAAUACUCCUCAACCUUUGCUAUAAUGAAUCACUCAAAACCCUCAGUUAUUACUCUCUUUCUUUCAAAGCAAAAGUAAACCCUUUAUUAACUUCCUAAAAUGACUUCUUCCUCAUCGAACUCCUCAAUCUCAGAUAAAACAUUUACGGGUUUCGGCAACCUCAUCAAGCUCCUUCCUACAGGAACUGUCUUCGCUUUCCAUUUCCUUAACCCUGUCUUGACCAACAACGGACAGUGCAGCCCUGUGAACAAGGUCUUCACCAGCAUCCUCAUUGCUCUUUGCGGGUUUUCUUGUGCUUUCUCUUGCUUCACUGAUAGUUACAAAGGCAGUGAUGGUUCGGUUUAUUACGGUAUCGUCACCAUCAACGGUCUUUUGCCGUUUUCGGGUUCAAGUUCGGGUUCGGUUAACUUGUCCAGCUACAAGCUGAGGCUUGCUGACUUCGUUCAUGCGUUCUUCUCGGUCAUUGUGUUUGCUGUCUUGUCUUUGUUGGAUUCUAAUACCGUACAAUGCUUUUAUCCGUCUUUCGAAUCGACUGAGAAGGCUUUGCUCAUGAGUUUGCCGCCGGUUAUCGGAGUGAUUUCCAGCACGAUCUUCAUGGCAUUCCCUAACACACGCCAUGGGAUAGGCUACCCUUCAGCUGAUUCCUCCAACUCUAAUUCAGACAAUUCCUAAUAUGUCUGGGACAUGAAUAUAUGAACACAAGUUAUUGGUUAAGGUCAAUUUGUAUGUUUUUUCCCCUAUGGAUCAAAUGUUUGUUUGAGUAAAUGUUGAAAACAGAGGGAAAUUUAAGGAUGUCAAGUGUAUGGUAUCAUCCUUGAAUUCUAGUCUGUAUGUAUGUAUUUGCUAGGUUUAUUGUAUUUUAAUUUUUUUCCAAUUUAUGAGAUCUUUAAUGAUAUUUUCCUUAA